UGCCAUUGUUCGUUGAAUCUUGAAGUUCAAACUUAAAAGAUGUAAUAAUAGUUGUUGACCAGUUGACGGGAACACAAAUUUCUAUUUUUAUUUCAGUUUUCCUAUUUCAGCUUGGUAUUUACUAUUUAUGGUUUAUCUGCGCCGACUUAUUAGUUUGUUUGGCAUACUUUACGCCUUGUAUCAGUACUUCUAAACGAUAUUCAGCGAAAUGACCGAAAGAAAAGAAGCAUCGGAAAACUCUGAAAACUCUGAUGAUGGCGGAGAAGACGCAAUUCUGAAGCGAUUCUGGCAGUUCGAUGAUGAUGCGCGAUACGCUUGUCCGUACGAUUCCACGCAUAAAAUCCGUCGAUGCCGCUUGGAACGACAUCUCAUGUCUUGCCGUCAGAAGCAUCCGGACAUGGUGAUGGCCACGUGCCCCUACAAUGCCACCCACGUGCUGCCCCCGAAAACCUACGUUAAGCACAUUCUCGGGUGCCCGGACAUGCGCAUCCUCGACAAAGACCAGGGUCAGGUCAAGUCGCGAUGGGCCGCGAAAAGUCGCCCCUUAACGGGUUCCGUGAGCAUGGGAAUGGGAAAUUCCUUUAAUGAGCCGCAUCUGCUCGACAACAUUCAACUCGGCUUCGGAAUGGCGCAAAUCGAAGUUGGAGCCAUGCCAGCGGUGUCCCAAGUGAAAGUGGCCGUGCAGCCUUUUGCGCCACCGCCGCAGCCGCCGAGCCCGGAAACGGGUGAAAAUACGGCCACACCUACUCCGUCUUCGCGAUCUGGUUCAUUAAGUGAACAAUAUAUUGAAGCACUAGCAAUGGGCUUCCACGAGCGGAUUAGGCUCAACAUGGCCCAACAGCAGGGUUUGGCCUUGGUGGAUCGGUUCAAGAAAGAGAGCGUUAUCAAAGGAGGAGUGACAUCGCUCUAUUCUUGCGGAGGACAAAUGCCGAAUGUUCCGAAAAGUGAGAAGGAGGAAGCGGAAGAUUCCAGUAGCUUGCGUUCCGAGAGCAUUAACAUAGGAACUGAUUAUGAGGGCAUGUCGACGGGUGAAAGAUAUUCCAAACGACUGGAACAGUAUUUCUAUCGUAGCCAGAGCGCUGUUCGACCAGAUUCCGCUCGUUCGCUGGACACCGACAUGUCUGCUCCAUUCUAAAUGUCACACUGCCGCUACAAAAUGGAGUUAGCCGGUGUUCAAUUCGGAAACUUUUCUGACUGAUCCUUUUUACUGACCAGUUUUUCUUACUUUAUUCUUGCUGUACUGGAUGGAAGGCAAAAUAGAACAAAAGAUCUCGGCGCAGUUUAGCUGUUACAUAGUGGAAACGGUGGUGACAGUGUUAUGUGUAAAGCUCUUCUGACUUGAGUUAUUUCACUUAUUUGCUAAUAGUGGUGGUCGUCUGUUAGCAUUCUGUGUUCAUGCGAGACGUAAUCGCGAAAUAGUUUUGUACAGGUUGUUGCUUUGUUUUAUUUCUGUUGAUUGUUGAUUUAACAAAGAAAAUCCU